AUGGGCCUUACCAGGGGCGGAGCCCCUAGGGGCACUUCCAGGGGCGUUGCUUCCAGUGGCUCUAAAGAAACGGCACCUCUCGGAGGCCUCCCAGGGGCGACGGCUCCAGGGGGCCUCCCUGGGGCGGCGCCACUCGGGAGCCUCCCAGGGGCCGUACCUAGGGCGUCGCUCCCAGGAGCGGCGCCACUCGGGAGCCUCCCAGGGGCCGUACCUAGGCGUCGGUCCCAGGAACCCUUCGAGAGGGGCGGCGCCCCCAGGGGUCCUAAGGAAGUGACGUCCUCGGGGGUCCUACCUGGGGCAGUGCCACCAGGGGGCCUUCCUGGGGCGGCGACCCCAGGGGCCCUCCCAUGGGCAUGGCCCCAUGGGGUCCACCCAGGGACGGCAUCUACAGGGACCCUCCCAGGGGGGAUACUCCUAGGGACCCUCCUAGGGGUAGCGAUCUCAGGGGCGGCGUCUACAAGGGGCCUCUCACGACGGCGCUUCUAA